AUGGAUGCCGGAAAAGGGAAGAAGGGUGCGGGAGGAAGGAAGGGAGGCGGUCCGAGGAGCAAACCGGUCUCUAGGUCCGUCAAGGCAGGUCUACAGUUUCCCGUCGGCAGGAUUGGCCGUUUUUUGAAAAAGGGUCGGUACGCUCAACGUGUCGGAACUGGUGCUCCGGUUUACUUGGCUGCUGUGCUUGAGUAUUUGGCUGCUGAA